GCCUCCCAAACCGAAGAAAGGAAAAAAGGGCAAGGCCAAGCCAACCCUCAUCGAUGGCGUUGAUACAUCCAACAUGAGUCGCGAUCAAUUAGAGGCCUUCGCCCUACGGCUGAAAGCCGAAAUGGAGCGAGAACGCGAAGAACGUAAUUUCUUUCAAAUGGAACGUGAUAAGAUACGAACAUUUUGGGAGAUAACACGCGGCCAAUUGGAAGAUACCACCACGGAACUGAGGCAAAAGGAUCAUGAGGUUGAAAUGUCGCAACAGGCAGCCGAUAUUGAAGCCAAACAAAUCAUGCAGCAGAUGAAACAUUUACAAUUUGAAAAUCAAAAUAAAAUCAGUGAAGUGAGAGCAGAGGCAAUGACCCAACUGAAGAUGGCUCAAGAAGAUCAUGAGACACAGGAAAUGCAGUUACUGAGCGAUCUCAGGGAAUUGAAGCGGUUACGGCGAGAAGAUCAGGAAAUGCAUGAGCUACAGAUGCAGGAACUCAAAAUGAAACAUAUUGAGGAAAUAACAGAUUUGCGCACCAAAUUCGAAAAGGAAACCAAAGAUUUAACACUCCUCCACGAAGAGAAAAUGCAAGAUUUGAAAAAUGAAAUUGAAUUAGUCUAUCGCAUGCAAAUGUUCGAAGUGGAGGAACGUAAAAAUCUGCAAAUUCAGAAAUUAAUUGAAAAUCACGAUAUGGCCUUUAAUGAUAUGAAAAACUAUUACAAUGACAUAACCUUAAACAACUUGGGCCUCAUCAGUUCUCUCAAAGAGCAAAUGGAAACGUUGAGAAAACAGGCGGAGAGAAGUGAUCGUCUGGCUAAUGAUAUGGCUUCGGAAAAUCGUAAACUCAAAGAACCUCUCGAACAGGCUCAACAGGAGUUGGUGGUAAUGAAACGAAAAUUAGAAUUCUAUGAUCGUGAUAAGGCCCAGUUGAGUCGCCUUAAGGCCCGCAAUGCCCAGGUUGAGAAGCAACUAAAGGCUUUAACAUGGGAAACUGAAGCUUUACUGCUACGCAACGAUACCCUUGUUAAGGAACGCGAGGAGCUGAAGGAGAAAUUUGAAGAUGUCGUCAUUGAGUUGCAACAGAAGACGGGCCUGAAAAAUGUUCUCCUGGAGCGUAAGAUAGCCAUUAUGGAGAGAGAGGGCGAGAAACAGGAGAUUAUGCUUAAAGAGACUUUGGAUACUUGUGCUGCUGUUGUAAAGUCGGUGGGCAAGGAUAUUGAAUCACCGGUGGAACUGGAACGUCGGGUGGAAAAUGUUCUCGAUGAAAAGAAUAAACUGAUACAGGAAUUACGAUAUGAAUUGGCACGCCUGACCAAGGCCCAUGAUGAUCUAUUGGCCACAUAUGAAAUGAAAUUGCAACAAUAUGGUAUACCCAAAGAGGAGUUAGGCUUUGAGCCAUUGCGAACCACAUCGAAAUGGAAUUAUCUACUGGGUCCAGCAGGGUUGGUCACCAAAAAUGCUUAA